GUGUGUAAAAUUCAUGCAGCAGAAUAUCUCUCACCUCACCCUUCCCUUUCAAGUGUGUUGGAAUAUAUGUCGCCUUCAGUUAGCGUUAAAUCUCAAAACUGUUUAGUUUGUCCCUUGUGGGUUGUUGUAAGCAUAGCGGUGCAAAAUGGUGGCCUCUGUAGUGCUGACCUGGACAUAAUGGACAUUUACUCUGAUAUUAUAUGUUCAGAGAAGAGCAAUAUUCACCCACUGUUCUGGACGAUGAGGUACAGAGACACAAAUAGACACCUGGACAUCAUUGUUUCUAUUUUGUAAAUGUUAAUUCAGGGAGAACUGGACAUUUUAAAAUAGUAUAUCUAAAAAUCUUCUCCCAGUAAGAAAGGCAGUUUCAUCAUCUCUCUCUCUCUUACUUUGUAAAGGUUAAUGGAAGUGAAAAUUAUUCCACUUGAAUAAUAACUUGUGACCAUGAUGUCUCUUCACACGGAGGACUGGUGUUCACCACUGUGCUACCCCACCACUUCCUGCUUGCCUUUUUGCCCACUGAAAAAAAGAGAUGAAUGCACGAUCGUCCACUUUGAUCUAAGUUUUCACACAUGCUCAUAACAAGCAUGCACAAUGUAGAACUUUCCAACAGGCCAAACUAUUACUCUAUUUAUUGUUAUAUGUGAUAGAUAUUAGGAUUAAGAUAACCUCCAGUCUGUGUGUUUGGCGCAUGCGCUGUUCGUAAUCAAAGCACAGUUGUUAUCUAUGUUAUCUAUUAUCUAUGACACUAUCAAAGCACUGUCGUCAUUAAAGUGCAGUUUGUCAUCACAGCUUUGCUAUCAAAGCCCCUUUGUUAUGUUAACCUCUGUCUAACUACUAAUCAUCAGAACUUGUAGGAUUUGUCGGUGUACAACCUAACUGUGUGUGUGUAAUAAAACUUCAUAAAGACACUUCAGUUGUUCCCGCCGUACUUGUUCUGGUUUUAUGGAGCUGAAAGGAUCAGUUUAGUAAGAAUCUGGACACACAUGUGAAAGCUGCAAACUGGAUCAAACUGGAGGCUGAGCAGUGGAAGGACAUGGAAGCUGUGUUUGGACUGUUGCUGAUGCUGCUCGGAGUCGCUCACGGUGUGGAGACCCACUGUGAUGGCAGACAGGAUGGAGCUCAGUGUUAUGGAGCUGUGGGAGGAACUGUGUUCAUUCGGCUGAUGGACAUAAUCCCACCAAGAUUUACUUUGCAGAAAAGCAGAACAAGAAUUUUGCGCUGGAAAAAUAAAACAGUUUCUAUUUAUGUGUUAAAAAACAGAUCCUCCUUUGAUCCCAGUAAUGGAACAUUUAGAAUCAGUAAUCUGCACAAAAAUGACAGUGACAAAUAUUUACUUGAAAUUCAAAAUUCAAAUGGAGUGAUGGUAGAGAAUCGGGCUCUACACUUGUCCAUUCAAGUGUUUGCAGCCACUAACACACUGAAUGUUGAGCCCACCACGGUCACAGACACUACUGCUGAGUAUUUGCCAGUGAUGGCUGGUGUACUUUCAGCACUGGUACUUCUCUUAGUGCUUGGUGUAUUUGUCUUCAGAAGAAAAAAAAAAACUAGUGCCAAAGAGGAAGAGGAUGAAGAGGAAUUAACCUAUACAGAUGUCAGGGUUGUGCAGAGGAGGCACAUACAGCAGAGGGACGAGGGGGAGGUGGAGUACGGACAAGUCAGGAUUUCAGAGUGACCUCAGCGGGCUGUUGAACGAACUACAGACGACUGUGUCUAUGCUCAGGUGGUUGUCAAGAAUCAGCGAUCAGUUGCAUUAAUUUCUUAUCUUUUCGUGUCCCCCUUAAUGUUUAAGCAAUGUUUGAAAUCCUUGUUAAAAAUCUGUAAAGUCAUGUCUCUGUGUGCCAUCAGGGCAUUUAUGUUGGUCAAUCAUCUUUUAAUUUACUGUAAAUGUAAAACCAAUGUGGAGGGAUUAAUUGAGGAUUGAGUCGUGUGUGUAUGUGUGAAGAUAAGAGAAAUGUAAAUUUGCAUUUAACAAGAAAUCUUUUUCCCCCAUUAUUUAAGAUCUUUGCAGUCUUACCAAAUGGUUUAUCAUGGUUCAUCAUUUCAUGGCGAUCAUUUUCUGGUAGAGAACUAAUAUUUAAGGUUUUCACGGCUUAUGUGCAAACUAACUUAAAUGAAGACAUUCUAUUAUUACUUAAAACUGUGAAUUAGCAGCAGAGGAUUUUUUAAAAGCCAUAGUUGUUCACAUAGUUUUUCUCCGUUACUAACGUGACUAGAAUUAAGCUGCGUUUUGGUUUUACACUCUCUCUCAUACACACACCCACACAGAAACUCUGUAUAUAUACUGUACUCCUAGUUAAGUAACAAUAUCUUAUUUUAUAUUAACUGUCAAAGGUAAAUGUAUGUUUUGGGGUGGAUAUUUUCAGCUAUAGAGGCAGCUGAUUUCAAUAAUAAGUAGUUUCCUGAGCAAGCUUUAAGUUAAUCAGUAUAAAACUUCUAUCUGUGAUAAUAGGUGUCUCAUCAUGUGGACAUCUUGCUUUGAUUGAAUGAUGAUUUAAUACUGUGCACACAUGAGCCCUCAAUGGGUUUUUUGCGCAGAAGCUAUUGACAUGACACGGCAGGAAAACCACAGGUGUUAUGGUUAACUGUAACUGUCUUGACUUACAUCUUGGACCCUCUGUUUCACCGAUUGUCCACUGAUCUAUGCACAUUUACACGUUUACUUGUUUACCGUUGUUUUUCAUCUAUUGUCGAGUGUAAGGGCAGAUCUAUGUAAACUUUCUAUACAAAUUGUACAACAUUAUAAUUGACUAUAAGUGCAUACAAGCACACAUUUUGUAUAUGAACCUACCCAGCUAACAUUAAAAGAUUUUACAAUGAA